UUGCUCAUCAAGGCUUCUCCUUUUUUUGUCCCCCUUUUUCGUUUAGUAAGGGAUUUGCCUUUUUUUCAAUGGGAGUGUAGUGCGGGGUUUGGAAAAAGAAUGGAUUUUGAGUAGCCAAUGCCAUAUUUGGGUGAUUGGAAUUCGGAGGUUUUUUCGGUGAAUUUUUUUGAGAGACCGAAAAAGUUCAUCAAUGUCUUGGGCAAGUCCGGAAGAUAUCUACCUCUCUACUUCUCUUGCUAAUUAUCUUGACAGGAAACUGCUUGUAAUGCUACGUGAUGGUCGAAAGCUCUUGGGAACACUACGUUCCUUUGAUCAAUUUGCCAAUGCUGUUCUUGAGGGUGCAUGUGAGAGAGUUAUUGUUGGUGAUCUCUAUUGUGACAUCCCUUUAGGUUUAUAUGUAAUUCGUGGAGAGAAUGUUGUUUUAAUUGGUGAGCUGGAUUUGGAGAGAGAGGAACUUCCUGAACAGAUGACUAGAGUUUCAGAGACAGAAAUUAGGAGAGCCCAGAAAGCUGAGAGGGAGGCUUCAGAUCUUAAAGGUUCAAUGAGGAAAAGAAUGGAGUUCCUAGACUUGGAGUAAAUGCACAUACCCUGCAUCCAUUGCUAAUUGUCCGCGAGUUUUUUUGGCGGCUGUAGGAAAUUCCAGGAUAAUGGGAAAAACAGUCUCUCUGUCUGAACAUGGAAUUUAUGUAAACAUUUGAAACAAUUUACUGCACGAGGUUUUUUGUUUGAGAUACGAUUAAUUUAUAUGAUUAAAAUUAUCAAUCUAAU